AUGCAAUUCGCUACUUCCAUCCUCGCUGUUUCCGCAGCUCUCGCUACCAUUGUUUCCGCCGGUACCGUGCACUUUGUCAACCAAGACAGCACCACCCGUACCUUGGUCUUCACUCCCACCUCUGGCUGUGCUGAAAUCGCUUCCCUUACCGUUUCAGGCGAUUCCACUGCCGACCAAACCUUCCCAACCGGCUGGAUUGGCAACUGGUACUCAGUCUCUGAUGGCGCCGACAACACUUCCGGUAUGCUUGGUGAAGUCUGCUUCGAUUCCUGGGGAGGCAUGACCUACUUCGAUGUUUCUGCUAUCGUCAACCCAGACGAUGUCAAUGGUGUCAAGGAGAUGUUCCCAUUGAACACCGGUACUCCUCUCUCUGGUUGCCAAUCCUUCCCUUGCGACAACGCUUACAACCUUCCUGACGACGUCCAAACCCAAGCCACUGAUUCCGACGCGCUCGUCUGUCUCCUCGGUAACCUCGCUACCUCCAAGCGUGAGACCAGAUCCAAGGUCGGCAAAGAGUUCGUCACCGGUGGAGGAUCUGCUUAG